UCACUCGGAUUUAUUGGCCGACAUCAUGGAUAACUUCCAGGGUAUCUUGCGUUUCCUCAUGAACCAGAAAACCACAAUUGGCUACAGUUUCAUGGCUCUGCUGACUAUAGGCGGGGAACGAAUUUUCUCCAUGGUCUCCUUUCAGUGUCCCUGCAACCACGACCAGAACUUUGCUUAUGGCGUGACAUUUCUGCUGGGACCAGCUGCAGUGCUGCUGAUCUUUGGUAUUUUCUCCAGUACCCGCUUUUGGAGGCUCUACACUGGGUGCUGCCUCAAUCCCAUGAAGCUUUGCCCCCGUGGGAACUGUUUCGGCUGCCUCAGGGUGUUCAUGAGUAUUUUCACCGGGGCCUGUGUGGCUCCUCUGAUGUGGCUCUGUGUGGCUCUGCUCAAUGGAACCUUUUAUGAGUGUGCUGUUAGUGGUCUUGAUGAUAAUCUGGUGGUCGAUCUCUUCUGCAAAAACAAGACACUGAAGUGUCGUGAGGAGCUGGCCCGGGUGCCCUGCGACCGCUCUAAACUGUCUAGCGAGGAGCGCAUGGAGCUGCUGCUGAUGUUCAGGGCUCAGUCUCAGAUUCUGGGCUGGUGCAUUAUCAUUAUUGGUGCUUUUGUAGGCCUUCUGGGUACCUGCUACAAAAACUGUCGCUCCCAAGUCAGCUACCUGCAGCUUAAAUUUUGGAAAAGCUACGUAGACAAAGAAAAGGAGCGGUUUGAUGCCCUUGCUUUAGAGUAUGCCACCAAACUGGCUGAGAGAAACCUGCAGAGUUUCUUUGAGAACAAGGCACCCGAUCCAUUCCCGUUUCCCAACCACAAAGCCUGGGAAGAGAUCUCUGCAUACUACACGUUUUCCAGGAGCGAGCAGUAUUACAGCACCCUGCAGAGGUAUGUGGAGAAAGCAGAAAACAUGAACCUUCCACCAGAAAAGAGACCCGUCAUGGACGUAGAGGACGGAAUAGAGAUGAACUAAAUGGGAUUUUAUCUGGAAAAAAGUCAUUCAGAUAUUCAGGGAAGUGAUAAAUAACCAACACACUGCAUCGUGAUUGUUGCUAUUCAGCACUGAUUUUAUUGAAUGUGCAAGUGUGACUCAGGAAAAAGCCUCCACAGCUGCCUCUUUAUGACAAUGCUGCCCCCAGUGGUUUAACCAAAGACUAGUAUGAGCACAUGAAGAGCAUAACCACUUUAAAAUCAAACAAACCCACUGAUGCUGCCUACCUCUUUUACACUUCAUGCUUUUGAGACCUUUUAUGAAUGUCUUACUUUACAUUUUCACUUGAUUUAAACACAAAAAACAGCCGUGUGCCAUUUGAACACUAACAGUAACAGCUGUAAAUAUAGUGUAUUGUUAUAACAGAGGGUGAUCUGUAAGAGUGAGAGGAAAAGAAGAGGGCCAGAGGAGGUUUUUGGGGAAGGGUUCCUGUUAUAGAAGAGGGUGCAGGCUGUAGGCAGACCAACCCUAACAAGAGCUGCUGAACGAAGAAUUGCACUAAACUGCAACAACACCUCUGAAGACACUUGCACUGCAAAGAUCCUAGUCUGCGGUGUCCCCAGCUUCAGUGUUGCUCUCCCAGACCACAGCAGUGCUCUGUGCUCCACAGACAAUCUCCAUCAUGGAUCUCAGCUUCCCCAGGAAAUAGAUCCUGCUCAUGCCUCUGUUGGUCUCAUAGUUCAGCUUGUUGUCAGUGUGGAUGCACAGGUACGUGUUCUCUGCCAGCACAUCAACAUCCAUGAUAGACGUGGACCUUUCACCGUCAUCCACGAGCACUCUGUAAGCCUGACACACUUUUUGUUUUAUUCAGUUUAUGUUGAUCAUGUAACCAAUAACCAAACAAAUUUCCCACGUGUGGGACUAAUAAAGGUUUACCUUAUCUUAUCAAUAUACAGAAGCUCUUGUAUGAAAAAUGAGAAAAAAAUAAAAUAAAACAAUAAACUACAAAAUAAAAAACUGUACAAAAUAAAGCAAAAUAACAUAUGCACCUUUUCUGAUUGAGUUUACAUACCCAAACAUGAGUGGGAAAAAGUGCAUGCUUAUUUAAUCAUCACUAAUUAUUUAUCCAGCUUCCAUGUUGUUAUAAACUUAAGUAAUAACAACAAACAUUCUCCUGAUUGCACAGAAUAUAGUUCGCACAUUAGCUUGUUCCUACAAGUCAUUCACAAAACAGAUGUUGAUGAAAAAUUCUGAAUAUACAUAGAAACUAAAUAAACGAGACAUUUACUGAAAUUCAGCAUCUUUAUGUCACAUGAAGACUCUAUUUUAAACUGCUUCAGCUGUUCCACAGUUUCACUCCAAGCACUGAAACACAAACAUUUUUCCAAAUAGAAACAUUUAACAUGCAGAUGCAUAAAAAAGAAAACUUAAUUUAUAACUUUGUACUUUCAGACAGAAAAAAUACUUUGAGUAUUUCCUGAUUUACUUAUUUUUCGUUCUGAAUUACAUUUGUGCUGUCUGGAAUUUCACUAAAUCUGCACAUUUCACAAUUUCAGGCUGGAAAAAGAGUAAAUCUGAGGGAAUCUGUAUAACCUGCAUUGUAAUGAUUAUAAAUUUUGUCUUUCACAAAAUUGUCCUUUACAGAUUGAUCACGCUUGUCUUUUUAGCAUUAGCCUUUCUGAAGAGCGUCCUUUACCUUUGCUCAGGUGUUAAAAGAGUCCUCAUUGGCCUCUGUUACUCUGUUACAUUCUCAAAAGAAAUACUGUACUAGACUUGACACCACCAAGAGCCUGGAAGAUCAUACAAACAACUAAAGUGUCAACAUGUUCUCAUCCCAAGGCGCAACAUGCCAACAAUUCUGUUGGACUCAACUGAGAACCCGAGCGUCUCAUAAGGACGCCAAAGGUUACCUUUUGCGUUACAGUGAGACGCCUCGGGCUGUGACAAAUGGUCAGUAUGUUACGCGUUUGGAAUGAGAAUGCUCUGGAAUGGUACUCAUGGCCAUUGAUCAGUAGUCGUUGAUCAUCACUACACACAACCAUGAAUAACAGAACAAAGCUCAGUGGUAAACUGAUUCAAAGAGGGAGAUGUUGCAACUGUUUGAACACUGCCUCUCUCUUCCCACUCCCACACCCACCCACACAUGGAGGCAUUCCCCUGCCCCCCGUCCAUCUGUGCCUCACAUCCACAUCCUACACAUCCACAUUACUCACACUCUCAUAACACAUACAGGUAAAGGUGAUAACUUGCUCUAGAACUGUUUUUGUGAACACUAUCCUUAGUGUUUUAUUCUUUUAAAGAUUUGAUGUUACACGUAUAUAUGAGAGAUUGCCAUAAAACUUUUUAUUAGUAUGUUAUGCUUUGAAAAUCUGUUUUUCUUACAGUGUGUAAUUUUUUAAAUAAAAACUUUGUUCAUUGUGUUUGUGCCUGAUCAUGUAUUGUUGAUAAAUAAAAUAUUUAAUCUGGUA